GUGUGUGAGUAAGUGUGUCUCCCAUAUCCUUUUAUUAUCCUUUCAUGGCGGAUAACACGAGAACUGUCCAGAGGCUCUUCUCCUUCUUCUUCAUCGUCUUCUUCACUACUACUCCUCUCUAACGUUUUCCUCUUUUUUACUUUUGGGAUAUCAGCUAUGGCUGCUGCUAUGGCCUCUGCUUCUGGUUCUGCUCUUUGCUUCACUGAUGCUUCUACCUCUCGAGCUCUCUGCUUUGCUCCCAGUCCUAGAAGAACAAUUACGUUUGGUUUUGUUCAUAAAUCUCUUGUCAAUCUCGAUCAGCGAUUAAGAUUAUCCAAUUUGAAGACUCGAGCAUCAAAUGCUACUGCUGUGGAGAAGAAUGGAAAGCAAGAUGGAAGUGCGGCUGAUUCUGAUAAAGUUCCAACUCCAGUUGUCAUUAUCGACCAAGAUUCUGACCCUGAUGCUACCGUUCUUGAAGUUACCUUUGGUGACCGUCUUGGUGCUCUUCUUGACACUAUGAAUGCGCUCAAGAACUUGGGCUUGAAUGUCGUCAAGGCAAAUGUUUACCUCGAUUCUUCCGGCAAGCACAACAAGUUUGCCAUUACUAAAGCGGAUAGUGGCAGAAAAGUAGAAGACCCUGAACUGCUUGAGGCUAUUCGUCUCACUGUCAUAAACAAUUUGCUUGAGUUUCAUCCUGAAUCAAGUUCUCAAUUGGCUAUGGGAGCAGCUUUUGGUGUUCUUCCUCCAACUGAACCGAUCGAUGUGGACAUAGCAACACAUAUAAGCAUUGAAGAUGAUGGACCAGACCGCAGUUUACUCUUCAUAGAAACAGCGGAUAGACCUGGACUAUUAGUUGAGCUGGUGAAGAUCAUUACAGAUAUCAGCGUCGCUGUCGAGUCUGGAGAAUUCGAUACUGAGGGUUUGUUGGCUAAGGUAAAGUUCCAUGUAAGCUACAGAAACAAAGCCCUAAUCAAGCCUCUCCAGCAGGUUCUUGUUAAUAGUAUGAGGUACUUCUUGAGGCGUCCAUCAACUGACGAGUCAAGUUUCUGAUAAUGCCAUUUUUACAAACUAUGAAAAUCUCAUUCGUCUGUGACUACUUUUUACCACUUCUUUUUUUUGUUUCACAUUUUGACCAAAAUAAACUUCUUCAUUUAAAGUAGACAUCUCAUACACCUGUAAUAAUAACAUUCUACAUUGUUCAUCAAAUUUACCUUCA